GUUUUGCAAGGAUUGAUUAUCCAAUAGGGGGACUGAUCAGGAGGAGCCGGCGUGAUCAGCUACCUGAGCAGAAGCUUUAUCAGAGUCAUUUUAAACGCACGUUCCAGUUUUGGAAGUGGAGGAAGAACCGGUGAUAAAGAACGAGUCGUUUUAAAAAAAAAAUAGAAAAAACAUCGCUUUUAGUUACCUUUCGCUUUAUUUUAACGAUAACAAAACAAGACGCUGUAACCUUUUUUAAACCUGUAGGUACACUUUUAGAGUUUGCAUUGUUGUUGUUUUAGUGUUAAUGCGUUUUUUUUUUAUCUGUGAGUUUAAACUGUUUGAAAACUUUUAAAAAUAUAUUGACUAUCGUCAUUCGGUUAGCUGUUUGAAAUUUUCGUUUAUUUAAAAAAAAAAAAAAAAACAUAGUCCGUAAGUUUAGGAUCUAUCCUCGCGUGGGGCUGAAAACGCGUGUUUUUGUGUGUGUUUUUUUUAGCUUUCUCUCCACUCUCGAAAUGAUAACGUUUAAAACGUACCCUUAUCCGCAGCAAAUCGGCCGGGGUUUAAUCAAAUAGCAGUUGCAGAUAUUUUAAAGUUUUCCGACCGUUCCAAAGUUUGUGAGACUUUUAAUUUAACACCGAGCGCAAAACAAACCACACGAGCCGGGAGGCGCCUGAGCGGAGACUGGACUGCUGACCCGAAGCGACCCGACAGACUGCGCUUCUUUACACAGACCCGUCCACUCUCAUUCGAGAUGGUGCGCAGGGAGCUCCAGCUUGCUGUGUUGCUGUCGGCACUUCCCAUGAUGCUCUGCUUCCCUAAACCGUCCCUGGAUCUUGACCACCGUAACAGGUCCUCUAUCCGGUUUCUAGCGCUGGGGGACUGGGGGGGGCUCCCGUACCCCCCAUACCUCACGCCCAUCGAAAAGGCGACGGCCCGGGAGAUGGGCAGGGUCGCAGAGUCCAUGGGGGCUGACUUCGUCCUGGCUCUCGGAGACAACUUCUACUACAGCGGCGUGCACAGCGCUCAUGACAAGAGAUUCAAGGAGACGUUUGAGCACGUCUUCACUGCAGACUCUCUGGAGGACCUGCCCUGGUACGUCCUGGCUGGAAACCACGACCACUCGGGGAAUGUGUCGGCUCAGAUCGCAUACAGCAAGCUGUCCAAGAGAUGGAACUUCCCCAGCUAUUUCUACGACCUUCACUUCAGAGUGCCGGGCUCCAACGCCACCCUGACCGUCCUCAUGCUGGACACCGUCCUGCUGUGCGGAAACUCGGACGACUUCUCCGACGAGAGGCCCCGGGGCCCCCUGAGCGAGUCCGGCGCGUCCCUUCAGCUCCAGUGGCUCUCGGAGCAGCUCGAGGGCUCCCGCGCCGACUUCCUGCUGGUGGCCGGUCACUACCCUGUGUGGUCAGUGGCAGAGCACGGCCCCACCCACUGCCUGCUGGACAAACUGAGGCCCCUGCUCUUGAAACACAAGGUCACGGCCUACCUGUGCGGCCACGACCACAACCUGCAGUAUAUUCAGGAGUCUGGGGUCGGCUACGUGGUCAGUGGAGCUGGGAACUUCUUGGAACACUCCCUGAAGCACAAGGGUGACAUUCCGGAAGACUCCCUCAAGUUCUUCUACGCCGAACACUCCUCGCUGGGGGGCUUCGCCCACGUGGAGGUCACCCGACAGGAAAUGGCCGUGACCUUCAUCACAGCCAUGGGGAAAUCCCUGUACCGCACCACGCUGCCUCGCCGCAGCGCCCCCUAGAGCAAGGAGGAGCACACUGUCCGGAAUGACAUGACCCCUCCUAAUAUUUUAUAUGUAGCUUGAAAAUUUUUAAUGUUGAUUCUAUUUCUGUUCGUCCAGAGUUGUGUUGUACCUGUAUUGGGUCAGUUUUCACCCAAUAGAUGUCUCUAAACUGGUCUAAAAAAAUCAUCCUUGCACAAACUCCAAUUCUUUUACUUGCAGGACAAAUAUCAGAAAUGCUAAAAGAAAUAUUUUGACCGGAUUUCUUCAGUGACCAAACAUUAAGUGUUUUUUUGGGGUGGGGUGGGGAACCCUGUGCAGUAAACGAUAUAGUUUCUUGUUCAGUUCUACAGAACUGAAUAUAGUGGUGCUGGCAUGUUAGCAGUUCUUUCACUAGACCUGCUAGAGACAGGAGUUGAGGGUAAGAGUGGAACACUUUUGCCCCGAGGGGUGACGGUGGGCAGUAAUGGGUUUUAUCUAGCCAAGGAGGAACUCUUCCACUGUAAGGUCAAAGCUGCGGUCGCGAUCUGUUUUGACUGCUGACUGCUAGAGUGAUUAUUGGCUGGUUUGUGGUCAGUAGCACAACUAUUGUUGGUCACAUGACUCCGUAGUAGCCAAUGGGGUUACGAAGGUCUGCUAGUUGACGUCUAUAGAUGAAAAAUGAACCGUACGGAAAUUGGUGUUUCUGUUUUGUUUUGUUUUUUACUUCCUUUUGCAUUGUGCAGGAUUUCAUGUUUUCAGAGAAACUGGAAGAAGCAAAUUUUCACAAGCUUUGAAUUAAUCAAGUUAUAAAAUCAGUGACCUGUUUUACACUGUAUAACUAGAUGAAUACCUACAUAUAUAUAUGGUAAAGUUAAAUCUAUCCCAGCACACUGUUAAUUUAGUAGAAAAGGCUCAUUUUAAUCCCACAAAAGAUACAUAGUUUUAUUUUCUAUGAAGAUGGCAGAGCCUGCAAGUCCUCCAGUCCUCCCUUUUCAAUAGGGGGUGCUGUGAGAAACCACCGACGGGGAAGUCUGCCUUUUAAGAUAUUUAUCCUAACAUUUUAAAUCUGAUAAACUACUUGCUGUAAUCCUAUUUUGCAUGUUUAUUGUUUUCAAAGGGUUGAAUUAAAAGUAUAUAUAACACAAUUUAACAA